AUGGGUUUAUUUGAUAAAGAUGAUGAUGGGGAGGAACUUUUUGUGUACAGAGGAGUGAAGAUGAUGUUUGACACUUUGGAAAAAGGAGAUGAGUUGUUUAGCUGGCAGAGCGAGCCGUCCUCAGGAUACUGUUUGACAUAUCGCUCUCUAGACCUCAUCCCCAUCCCACAGGACACACUGCAGGCCGACCAGCUGAUCCACUCCGACAUCAUGCAUGUCGAUGGCUCUGUCCACCAGGAGAACAAAGGAGAUGAAGUGCUGACUGUCAUUAAAACUAAGGCUCAGUGGCCGGCAUGGCAGCCGCUCAACCUGCGAGCAGCUCCAUCAGCAGAGUUUUCUGUGGACCGGACCCGUCACCUGAUGUCCUUCCUCACCAUGCUCGGGCCCAGCCCAGACUGGAAUGUCGGACUGUCAGGAGAGGACCUCUGUACCAAGGAGUGUGGCUGGGUCCAGAGGCUGGUGACAGACCUCAUUCCCUGGGAUGCAGGCACUGACAAUGGUGUCACAUAUGAGUCACCAAACAAGCCCACCAUUCCUCAGGAGAAGAUCCGACCCUUGACCAGUUUGGACCACCCCCAGAGCCCGUUCUACGACCCCGAGGGAGGGGCAAUUACCCCUGUAGCUAAGGUGUUGGUGGAACGUAUCGCUAGAAAGGGAGAGCAGUGCAAUGUGGUCCCAGACACCAUAGAUGACAUUGUAGCUGAUAUUGGACAGGAGGAGAAGGAGGAAGAUGACACACCAGAGACGUGUAUCUACUCAGGCUGGUCUCCCUGGUCGGCGUGUAGCAGUGCUACAUGUGACAAAGGCCGCAGGAUGAGGCAGAGGAUGCUGAAGGCCCAGUUAGACCUUAGCGUUCCCUGCCCACACACCCAGGAUUUUGAGCCUUGCAUGGGGCCUGGAUGCAGUGAUGAGGGAGGUAGCUGUUUUUGA